AUGGAUAUGAGACCAAUUUUUGGUGGAUACCCCUUUCAAGGCCAGGGUCGGGUGAAUCAGUUAGGAGGCGUCUUCAUUAACGGCCGUCCUCUUCCUAACCAUAUCCGACUGAAGAUUGUUGAGAUGGCCGCUGCAGGAAUACGACCUUGCGUGAUCUCGCGACAACUGAGGGUGUCCCAUGGGUGCGUCUCGAAGAUCUUGAACAGGUAUCAGGAGACGGGGAACAUCCGACCAGGUGUAAUAGGAGGUUCAAAGCCUCGAGUCGCAACAGCUGAAGUGGAGAAGAGGAUAGAGCAACUGAAGCUCCAGAAUCCCGGGAUCUUCGGAUGGGAGAUCAGGGAGAAACUGAUCAAGGAGGGCAUUCAGGAUCCGCCGAGCGUGUCUUCAAUAAGCAGAUUGCUUCGCGGAGGUAGAAGAGAUGAUCUGGACGGCAAAAAGGAUUACACCAUCGACGGGAUAUUGGGAGGUAGGGAGGAUGACAGUGAUACGGAAUCGCAACCGGGUAUUCCAUUGAAAAGAAAGCAGCGCCGCUCAAGGACCACUUUCACAGGUGAACAGUUGGAGGCGCUGGAAAGGGCGUUCGGUCGUACGCAAUAUCCGGAUGUUUAUACUAGGGAAGAGUUGGCACAACAGACAGGACUUACGGAAGCCAGGAUACAAGUGUGGUUUUCCAAUCGAAGGGCUCGCCUACGGAAACAUAUGACCAACGGAAAUCCGACGACGUCCUUGGCAUUCGCAUCCUUACCUAUGUCCGGACAGUACCCGGAGAAUCCUCAGGCCGAUUGGCGAAACGGACAGUUCGCUAAUUACAAUAUGUUCCAACAAAAUCCUUACAACCAAAGCCACCAGGAUGUGACGCGCGGCGAAUACUCGGCCAUCUUCGACGCGAAUUACGCAAUAGCCCACGCACAGAUGGCCCAUGCCCAAGCCCAACGGAAGGAUGACACCAAUAAGACUGAUAUGGCCUCAGAUGGAUGGGACCAUAAAGCUACAUGGAACGCAGCGGCGGCGGCUGCCACAACGGCCCAAAUGAACCAAGACACCGGCUUCAACGACAUCGGCAACUUCGGACAAUCCUCCCAAUACGGAAUACACUCGGGUAAAAACUACUGGGCCUAA